AUGGCACUUCAAUACACACCUCCGAUGCCUUUAAACGCCCAUCCAAGCGGGGCACGGGUAGUGAAGCCUUUGCAAACGUACAGGGAGCCGUCGGCUUUUGAGAUUUUCAAUGCGUGUGUGAAUGAUCUCACAGGUAAAGACAAGCUAGCAAAGCUGACACAAUAUGGCAUCCGUUUAAUAGGAGCUGUCCAUGAUAUCCAUGGGUUUGGGAAUUCCAGGGUCAAGGAGAAGUACAGGAACCUGGAAUUGGUGGACAAUGCCGUCAAGAACGGCGAUUCCCCAAUAUCAAAUGGCAGCCAGCUACGAUUGAUUUUGAGUCAAACAGCUACUGUAUUCAAAGGUCACCGUUUGAAGAGACUCCUGUACUUGUUUCUUGCCUAUUUGACACGUAAGUUGGCCGGCUUGCUAAAUGGACUCAACAUAUAUCGACAUCUCUUACGUGCAGGCACAGUUCCAUUUAGAGUUUGGAAAUUUGCUAAUCAUAUCAAACACAGCAUCAAGAUUUUACUAGACGAGUCGAAAUCAGACGGGCAGGCAGUGAAGUUGGAAAAAGUCUUACAAUACUGGACUACGAGGGAUAUGGUUUCACAGAUGUGUAACUUCUGGUAUGCGUUAUCUGAUGAGAUUCUGCUCAUUUUCCGGUUUGGUUUGUUGUUAAGGGGUAAACAGGGAGGAUUUGGGUUUGCCGACGCUUUAUUUUCAUGGGCUGAAGACCAUGAGUUGUACUCGUGGAUGGCACUCAUUAUUCUUGGGCUGCAAAAAGAUUGGAAUAAGUGGCUGCACUUGAAAAACGAAGAGUCUAGGAUCAUUCUCAACCAAAAGGUAAAGGCCAGAACGAGGAGGAUAGUUGGAGACAUGCAAAGGCAGAGGGGUAACAAGUUGGGGUCACCAGAUGUUGAUUUCGAGGACUAUGAGAGAGUCGAAGAAGAGUUUGAGUAUGACCAUGGCUAUUUCAGCAGGCUGGCGAAAAUCAACCAUGAUAAAACAACAAUAUUGAUAAACUCAGUAAGGUUAACUUGCGAUUUGCUCUUCGAUGCCAAGUACAUCAUGCAUUGGAACAUGUACAGGCCUCUCCAUGUGGCGCUAGGGUUAGCGUCUGGAACACUGGGCUUUGUCAAUUGCUGGAGAGGACAGCGUGAACGGCUAGUAGCUGAAGCACUAGCCAAAAUGAGAGAACAAUAG